AUGGAGGGGGGAUUGAGUGCUUGUAGUUUGGAUGAAGAAUUGAAUGAAGCAUCGAUGAAUAACCAAGAAUCAAGAAUAUUCGAUACAUUUUCUUCAUGGUUAGAUUUAGAUGAUUCCAGCAUUAUUCCUCAAGAGCCUCAACAACUUCAAGAUGUUGAAAUGCUUGAUGAAAACCUUUUCCAAUUUGCAAAUACCACUACUACUAGUACAAACAUGGAUUACGAGCAUCCUUAUUCAGAAUGCAAUAUUCUUCCUAAUUCACCUGAGUUAGAUUUUCCGUUUUUACUCGAUAUUCAUGAUUUUGAUAAUGACAUUAUUUCUCCACCUGAAGGUCACUAUCAUCACCCUGUUCUUCCUUGUCAGGACGAAUUUAUCCUUGAUCAACCGGUUGAUAAUGAAGCAGAAUGUGAAAAAGAUCCUAAUGUGAUGGCAGAGAGUAGUCCUGAAAGUACUGGUGUUGAUCUAACUGAUAGUAACAAAAUAGUCACAAUUUCUCCGUCAGCAUCAAUUUCUGAUGUUCCUGAACAACCGCGGCCGAAGAAGCAAAAAACCAACAAUAUCAAAAAGCGGACUAAAUUAUCAACCAAGCGACCAAAACGUUCCACUACCACUACUGCUGCUACUACUAGUAAUAUAGCAGAAGAUGCCAACGGGGAAGAAGAAAUAGAUGAUGAACCCAAAAGAGGAACACUAAGUUGUAAAAAUUUAGUUUCAGAAAGGAAUAGAAGGGAAAGGAUUAGUCAACAACUACUUGCUUUACGUGGCCUUGUUCCUAAUAUCACAAAGAUUGAUAGACGAUCAGUAUUAGUAGACGCACUAUCUUACUUAAGGAAUAUGCAAGAAGAAACAGCGAAGAUACAAAAGGAUCUUAAAGAACAACAAUUACUUCAACAACGUCAACCUAGAUUAAUGAACGAUGACAUUAUGGAGGAAGAUGAAGAAGAAGAUGAAGAUGAUGAGCAUGAUCUUGAUCCCGAUACUCGUCCAAGAGCUAACACUCCGGGCAUUGCAUCUAAACCCAAACCACGGAUAAUCGAGAUUGACAUAGAGAAAAUGGACGAGAAAAGAUUCAUAGUGAAGGUAACAUGCAAAACUGUAAACGGAGGCGACAUUUUUCUACUGAGAGAGAGUCACCUCAACCUUCUCAUGUUCUAUGUUGCUCAUAACUGCUACAGUCCAGUUGAUCUAACUGUUGUAGUUCAGUUUCUCAGCAACAGCUGCAGUCCAGUUGAUCGAACUGCUGCACUCCUUUUUCGCAUAACUGCCACAGUCCAGUUGAUCGCAACUGCUGCAGCUCAGUUUACUCAUAAUUGUUACAUUCCAGAUGAUUGCAGCUAUUGUAGUCUAACUCUACGGCAACCAUCUGCAAUCCAGUUUUGA